CCGCAGGCCGUUUAAACUGCAGCGCGGCCCGGGAGCGGCCUCUUUUCGGCUAAGGCUAAAGAAGUGAUUUAGAAGGGAGCCUGGGGCUUGAUUCAAGCAGAGAGAAGGCGUGCGAGAGGAGGAGGUUGGGAAGCAGGAUCUUGGUCCGCCGCUUCCUCUCCUUUUCCGGUUGAAUUCAGGACCUUCCAUGAUGCACCCAUUUGGACAGAACAUACCUGAACUCCAAGGCUUUCGAGGACCAGGAGCAUAAUCUGCCCCCAGUGGCCUGUCUACAGUGAGAAAAAGAGGUUGAACCAACAAAAGGGGUAAAGCCAAUUAGAAGCAAGCGGUCCAAAUCUGUUAGUCCUGAUUCCUCUGUAUGCAGAUUCAAAUUUUUGUGAAACUCAAAGCCAAUCACUAAUCAGAAGGACUAUUCCAAGGCCUUGUGGGAAGGAGUUCUGAUGGCCCUCUGACCUUGCCCGACACCUGCAUUUUAGGAAUACAGCAGCUAACAGUUCCCAGUUGGUGAUGAAUCAACACUCCCAGUCCAAGAAGUCCUUCAGCUGUGAGAAUUGCGGGAAGAGCUUCCGGUGGCCUUCUGACCUUGCUAGACAUGAACUCGCUUGCCGUAGGAGAUUAAGGACAGACAAGAGCAUCCAAUUCCAGAAGUCCUACGUCUGUGAGACAUGUGGGGAAAACAUCCAGUCAUCUACUAACCUUGCUCAUCAUAAAUGCUCUCACAGUGGAGGGAAGAUAAAGACUGACCAGAACACUCCCUCCAAGGCAUCCUACAUCUGUGGUCUAUGUGGGAAGAACUUCCGGUGGCGUUCAGACCUUGCUAGACAUAAACUCCCUUGCCAUAGGAGAACAUUAAGGACAAGCAAGAAGUCCUAUGCCUGUGAGAAGUGUGGGAAAAACUUCCAGUCAUCUACUGUCCUUGCCCAUCAUAAAUGCUCUUGCUGUGGGGAAAAGGUAAAGACUGGCCAGAACAGCCCCUCCAAGGCAUCCCACAUCUGUCGUCUAUGUGGGAGGAGCUUCCGGUGGCCUUCAGACCUUGCUAGACAUGAGCUCGUUUGCCAUAGGAUAAUGUUACAGGCAAGCAAGAGCACCCAGUCCCAGAAGUCCUACGCCUGUGAGAAGUGUGGGAAAAACUUCCAGUCAUCUACUGUCCUUGCUCAUCAUAAACGCUCUUGCUGUGGAGAAAAGGUAAAGACUGGCCAGAACAGCCCCUCCAAGGCAUCCCACAUCUGUGGUCUAUGUGGGAGGAAAUUCCGGUGGCCUUCCGACCUUGCUAGACAUGAGCUCGUUUGCCACAGGAGAAUGUUACGGGCAAGCAUGAGCACCCAGUCCCAGAAGUCCUACGCUUGUGAGAAGUGUGGGAAAAACUUCCACUCAGUUACUAAACUUGCUCAUCAUAAAUACUCUUGCUGUCACGGAAAGGUAAAGACUGGCCAGAACAGCCCCUCCAAGGCAUCCCACAUCUGUGGUCUAUGUGGGAAGAACUUCCGGUGGCCUUCAGACCUUGCUAGACAUGAACUUGCUUGCCACAGGAGAACAUUAAGGACAGGCAAGAGCACCCAGUCCCAAAAGUCCUACGUUUGUGAGAAGUGUGGGAAGAACGUCCAGUCAAUUACUAAACUUGCUCAUCAUAAACACUCUUGCUGUGGAGAAAAGGUAAAGACUGGCCAGAACAGCCCCUCCAAGGCAUCCUACACCAGUUGUCUAUGUGGGAAGAAUUUCCGGUGGCCUUCAGACCUUACUCGACAUGCGAACACUCACUCUGGAAAGGCAUUAACAGAGCAGAGCACAGCCUCCAAGGAGCUUGACAUUUGUGAUCACACUGGGGAAGGCUUUGACAGUCUUGCCCAACAUAAACUCAGUCACCCUAGGGGGGAACAACAGAUUGAAGCACCUGGGCACAACAGCCAGACAACAGAACAGAGCAUCAGUAUCCAUAAGCCCUUUCUUUGUGACCAGUGUGGGCAAGGCUUUCCGUGGCUUUCUGACCUCAUUCAACAUUUGAUUGUUCAUCCUGGAGAGCAACUUUAUGGCUGUGACAUUUCCCACUUGCAACCGAUAAAGAACAAUGAAUCACAUCAGGAACACAAUAAGGAGGAAGGCCAGAGUAAUUGUGAGGAAGAUGUCUCUGUGGAGAACAUCUCUGGAGAGUAUCUGCAACGCCUUUCCCCCCUGUGUUCUGGGGAACCUUGCAAACCUUUAGCCUGUCAGAAAGCCUGUGAGUGUGGCAAAUGCCAUUUUAGAGCACACAGUGACCCUGAAGUGCUUCCACCAAACAUUGUGUGGGAAAUUGGGGUCGAGGGCUUGCCUCAUCCCCUGUUCCAAAAGCAGCCUUCUGAGAGUGGGUACUGUGGGACUGAUGACAACGAUGACAACCCACAGCCCAUCGAGCUGUCUCCCUUCCGUGUUGACAUCAAACCCAGCACUGAGUUGACCCCCAUUUUGAGUUCCCGUGAGGCAGUCUCUGUGGAGUGCACUGUCCCAAGCACCUCAAGGGGUCUACAGAGGAAGGCUUCGACUGAAAGCAUCACCAGUUCUACUGGGCAACCACAAGCUGUGGCCAGUCAACACCCUGAGGUGCCCCGAUUCCUGAGUACUCCAAGCCUGUUGAUGGAGGGAGCUUCCUCACUAGUGGAAGGGGACAAGCCUUAUGCUUGUCCCAAGUGCCCAAAGCGGUUCAGCUUGACUUCAUACCUGUCAAAACACCUGCUCACCCACCGGGCGGGGAAGCCAUAUAAAUGUUCCACCUGCAGUAAGGUCUUUGCCCAGCGUUCGUAUCUGACCAGGCACCAGGAGGUGCACACAGCGAGCUUGGAGCAUGAAUGCCUCAUUUGCGGAAGCUUCUUCACACGGUCUUCGUAUCUCAAGAAGCACAUGCACAGGCACAGAAGGUCAGGCCAGCCCAAAUCUUAGGUGGCAGGUGAUCGUUAAAGGGCAGCAAAUUGACAGUUAAUUAGUACAGCUUUGAAGCUGUGGCAGGCCCCCUUUUGGAGGCACCAGAACAUUUCAGGCCUCCUUUCCUCCUCCUCCUCCUUCUAAGUAUGUGCAUUGUCUUUUUUGUGUGUGCAGUGUGCUAACGCUCUCCCUUCGCUGUUGGUGCAUUGUGAUUGGCUGAGUGGGUCGAAAACACACAUGUCCUGAGCUUGAUUGGGUCAGCUGAGGGUCAAUAGAUAUAUCCUUGUUUUCAUGGCCCUGAAGCUCCCCUGAGGGACAUUAGAGAAACCUCAGACUCAUGCCCAGUAUGUUGGGGUCCUUUACUCUGCCUCCGUCAAACUAGGGAUGAGAUGGAACAGAGGCAAGCAAGCAGCCACUUUGAGGACUGCUUAAGUUAAUUGACUUCAGAUUAAUUGCAUACCACAAAAAACCAAGGAUGCCUUUGUGAGGAUUCUGAAGGCAGGAGACAGCUUAUUUAUUUUAGGUGUGAGAUAACUUGACAGUGUAAAGCAGGGGUCAGCAACCUUUUCCACCUGUGUGCUGGUCCCUCAGACCAUGCGGGGGGGGGGCAGACUAUAUUUUAAA